GAAGAAAGUGCCGUUGUCAAAUAAUACUGUGUGCCAUCGGAUCGACGACAUGGGAAUUGACAUUAUUGACCAAGUGGUGGAAAGAUGUAAAGCGUCUGGUACGUUCGCUUUGCAGUUGGACGAAUCAACGGAUGCCAGUGGGGAAGCACAACUGAUUGCGUUUGUGCGUUACAAAGACACUUUGGAGAUGAACGAGCACAUUCUGUUUUGCAAGAAACUCACGGGGAGAACUACCAGACAGGACGUUUUUAACGUUAUUGACAAUUUUUUCUCUCAACACAAGCUGGAUUGGAAAUCCUGCUCUUAUGUGUGCACAGACGGCGCUGCGGCGAUGACCGGCAGAGUAAAUGGAUUAAUGGCCCACAUAAAAAAGGUAAACCCUGACGUUACAUGGACGCACUGCAUGAUUCACCGAGAAGCAUUAGCGAGCAAGAGAAUGAGUCCAGAGUUAAACGAUGUUUUGAAUGAUGCCGUAAAAGUGAUCAACUUCAUACAGUCCAGGCCUUUGAAUCAUAGACUGUUUCAGUCACUUUGUGAAGACGGUGGGUCAGAACAUAAACAGCUCCUGCUUCACACUGACGUCCGCUGGUUAUCCCGAGGGAAGACGUUACAGCGGCUGUUCGAGCUACGCAAUGAAGUGAGGGCAUUUCUGUCGGAGCACACACACCCACUUGUGGCUAUGUUCGACGACGCUGACUGGGUAGCUCGGCUGGGAUACCUCUCUGAUAUUUUCAGCAAACUCAACCAGCUGAAUCUCUCUCUUCAAGGUAAAGACACAAAUGUUCUAGCUUUACACACACAUUUGUCCAAGCUCAAGAAUGAGUUCAACUCCUACUUCCCUGAUAUUGACAACAAGUCAUCCACACUGGACUGGGUGCGUAAUCCAUUUGUGACGUGCAUUAACAGCAACAUUCCCGCCAGACUGCAAGAAGACCUCAUAGAUGUGUCCUCAGAUAGGAGCCUGAAGAUGAG